UUGCAGCAGCGAGGGCAGCAACAAACCUAACAGCUAGAGAACAGGCAGCAGCAGCCAGAGCAGCAGCAAUGGCUAACGGCGCAACCUCUGCUGCAUCCUCGUGUGGGGCUCAGUUGGGGAUGCCCCUUGGAUCCCCGGGUACUUCCGGAUCAGUAGGCUCUGGUCAAUCCGCAAGUCAAAUGGCGGGCUCGCAGUUAAGCCCGUUGACCCCACGCGGUAGGGAGCUCUUAGAGCUUCAACAGGUCGAAAGGAUCCGCGAGCGGUUAGAGAGGGAACUGAAGCAAGCAACCGAUAGAGAAAGAGAGAGAAAAAAUAGAACAGCCAGGCUUGAUACGUUAGAGGCAGACAAAGUUGCAUUAGAGGGUUUGGAUGAGUCAACCAUGACUGACCAAGUGAAAAUAUUGAAGAACAGCAUGUUGUCGCUGCAUGCGCAUGUGCACAGCAGGUUAGACUUCAUGCAGAACUCUUUAGACCAGAUCUUGGACCUUUUGCAAAGGCCAAGAUUCCGGCCAGCAGCACAGUCGCCGUUGCCGUUAACGGCGAUGUCAGGCCCCUUUCCGGUACAAGCUGGCACGCAGCCAAGUGGUACGUCUGCAGCAGCCGCACAAACUGUUGCUUCUUCUUCUUCUGGGUCAGUGGUGGUUGCUACACCAUCACCGCAACAACCUGUUCCUCAACAGGGACAGCAACAAGGUGAAUGGUACCCAAAGACCCCUAUGAAACCGCCCCUUGCCUUCUCCGGAGAACAGCAUGCUGUCGCUGCAUGCGCAUGUGGACAGCAGGGACAGCAGCAAGGUCAAUGGUACCCAAAGACCCCUAUGAAACCGCCCCUUGCCUUCUCCGGAGAGAAGAAGGACAACGAACUCAACACAUGGUUGAGAACGGUUUCAGUAUGGGUAAAGGCGAAGAGGACUUUGCAGGAGGAGGAGGUGAUUACUGUUGCAUCUUACCUUGAGGGUAAGGCAGCCAAAUGGUUGGAUGGUUUAGUUGCAAAGGCCGGGUACGGACGACGCAUGGCGGACUGGGCUAAGACCAUUACGUUAGACCAGUUCUUAGAAAUGGUAGAAGCUCGUUGGCACAAUCCACAGCAGGCACGAAUUGCCACUGAUGCGAUGCAUAGACUAGACCAAAGAAAGUUCAAGUCAGUCAGAGAGCUUACGACUACCGUACAGAGCCUCAUCGUCGUUCCUGGCAUAAACUACGAUGACCAGUUCUUGCUGAACACGUUUGUGAGAUGUCUCCCAGAGAAUCUGAGAAAUUUGCUGGCCAACGAGGCUCGCCUCGAGUAUCACUCAUUUGAGACCUUAUCUAGAAAAACCUUAGAUUUAGAGGCCACUCUAGGAAGUGCUCAACCUACUUCAGUUGACGCGAGGAAGAAGAAGAGUCCACAGGAAUGGAAGAAGAAGGGGAGCAAAUUGAUGAUGGUUGAGUCCGAUGGGACUCAAACAGAGAUCGAAGAGCUCACAGACCUGUUGGACUAUUCAGAGUACGACGACGAGGAGAUCGCUGAGGGUAGCACCCUCGCCGCAGUAGUAAAGACUAAGGAAGGUGGCCGAGGGAAGAGCCAUCAAAAGAAUCAAGGGCAGGCCGCCUCCAAUCAGACCAAAGUUGCUGAUUGGGUCAAGGCAGGUCUUGAUCAGGAAGUCUGGCGGGACCGUAGAGGAUGUAAGUACUAUAGCAAGAUAGACUUAAAAUCCGGCUACCAUCAGAUUGCAAUAAGACCUGAGGAUCAGCACAAGACUGCUUUUCAGACCAGAUACGGUCUGUAUGAGUUUGUAGUGAUGCCCUUUGGCCUUUGCAAUGCGCCGGGUACAUUCCAGCAUGCCAUGAAUAGGAUCUUCCAUGACCACUUAGAUAAGUUUGUCGUUGUCUACUUAGACGAUAUCCUUAUCUUUAGUAAGUCUGUCGAGGAGCAUGCACAACACGUGGAGACUGUACUUUCACUCCUGCUGCAGCACAAGUAUAAGGUUAACCUUGAGAAGUGUGAGUUUGGACGUACUAAGAUCUUAUACUUGGGUCACGAAGUAUCCGCGGAAGGUAUUAGGCCGGAAUAUGCAAAAGUGGCUAGUAUAAGGGACUGGUCACGACCUCAGACUGUUACUGAGGUCAGAUCUUCCUUAGGAAUGUGCGGCUACUAUAGGAACUUUGUGAAAAAUUAUUCUACAGUCGCCUCUCCUUUGACUGAUCUAACUCAACUUGACACGCCGUGGGACUGGAGUGAUGAGUGCGAGGCUGCUUUCAAACGAUUGAAGCAUGCACUCAUGAAUCAUGAGGUUCUUAUGGUGCCCGAUCCUCAGAAACCAUUCAUAGUGACCACUAGCGCAAGCCAAUACGACAUUGGCGCAAUGCUGGCUCAGCAGGAUGGGAAGAAGUUGAGGCCGAUCGAGUACAUGAGUAAGAAAAUGCCAUCAAAGAAACUGGCGAAGUCCACCUAUGAAAGGGAACUCUAUGCUCUAUACAAAGCACUUGUCCAUUGGAGGCACUUUCUAUUGGGAAGGUUCUUUUAUUUGAGAACUGACCAUCAGACCCUCAAAUGGAUCAAGACACAACCGGCUCUCUCUGAUGCACUCAAGCGAUGGAUUGAGGUCAUAGAUCAAUAUGACUUCAAGCUAGAGUAUCUGAAGGGAGAGUACAACAAGGUUGCAGAUGCGYUGUCACSUAGAGCAGACUACCUAGGGGCGCUAGUUUCUGAGUUUGGUGUAUCUGAGGAGCUAACUCAAUCGUUGGUGGGAGCCUAUCAGGAAGACCCUGUCACGAUGGACAUCAUACGCAAGCUUCAGGCAAAAGACAAGGCCACAUAAGAUGAGUUUGUAAUGGUGGACGGGCUUCUCUUUCUUGAUUAGGCCGGUUGUAAAAGGUUAGUUGUUCCAUCUA